UUAGUCAAUAUAAUCUUGGUAAUGACAUGAAUGAUGAAAUGACUACCAGGUUAUGGAACUGUCUGAGAUCCUUCAACUUAUUGACCCAUCUAAUCAUCUCAGACUCAUCUCUCAGUUUCCCUCCAUCACCCCCUCAACUGCUAUCCGUCACAGCGCUAUCGGCUAAGAGAGUGACGUCACAAUGCUAUGAAGGACUGAUCUCAUCGCUCCCUAGGUUGGUAAAGAUCCAUAUCACCACUAAUAAUGCAGAGGGAGACAUACAUCAGAUUACGGCCGGUCUCCGUCGGACAGGAGGGCAGAGACUCGAUCGGAUCAUUCUUCGCGGCAUUCCGCUAUCAUUCCCGCCACGGCAUGUGGUAAGACCAGGUCUGCUGUUCGGAAGACAUACCGAUGACACGACAAUUCUUAAAUUGGACGGAUCUGGAGAAAUGAAUGAAGAAGGAUGUGUUGAGCUCCUCGAGUCGUUGGCAUAUUUGGCAUCAUUCACUGAUCUACAACUAAAAUUUCUCGAUGGCUGGUCUUUCAACUUUAAAACAACUUUUGGUAUUGAGAUUAGUCAAUAUAAUCUUGGUAAUGACAUGAAUGAUGAAAUGACUACCAGGUUAUGGAACUGUCUGAGAUCCUUCAACUUAUUGACCCAUCUAAUCAUCUCAGACUCAUCUCUCAGUUUCCCUCCAUCACCCCCUCAACUGCUAUCCGUCACAGCGCUAUCGGCUAAGAGAGUGACGUCACAAUGCUAUGAAGGACUGAUCUCAUCGCUCCCUGGGUUGGUAAAGAUCGAUAUCACCACUAAUAAUGCAGAGGGAGACAUACAUCAGAUUACGGCCGGUCUCCGUCGGACAGGAGGGCAGAGACUCGAUCGGAUCAUUCUUCGCGGCAUUCCGCUAUCAUUCCCGCCACGGCAUGUGGUAAGACCAGGUCUGCUGUUCGGAAGACAUACCGAUGACACGACAAUUCUUAAAUUGGACGGAUCUGGAGAAAUGAAUGAAGAAGGAUGUGUUGAGCUCCUCGAGUCGUUGGCAUAUUUGGCAUCAUUCACUGAUCUACAACUAAAAUUUCUCGAUGGCUGGUCUUUCAACUUCAAAACAACUUUUGGUAUUGAGAUUAGUAAACAUAAGCCUGGUAAUGACGUAAAUGAUGAGAUGACUAUCAGGUUGUGGAGCUGUCUGAGAUCCUUCAACUUACUGACCCAUCUAAGCAUCUCAGACUCAUCUCUCAGUUUCCCUCCAUCACCCCCUCAACUACUAUCCGUCACAGCGCUAACAGCUGAGAGAGUGACGUCACAAUGCUAUGAAGGACUGAUCUCAUCGCUCCCUGGCUUGGAAGAUAUCGAUAUCGCUAUCGAUGAUGCAGAGGGAGACAUACCCCAGAUCACGGCUGGUCUUCGUCGGACAGGAGGACAGAACCUCACACGCAUCAAACUUUGCGCACCGCAAUCAAUCUCAUCAGAAAAUAAGUCUAUAUCGAGAGAGACCGUGAGAGGACUGGGUCUGCUGAUCAGACAACACACCAAGAACUUGCAGUGGAUUGGUUUGUCUGGUGUUAUUGGUUUGAAUGAAGAAGAUCUUGCUGAAUUCCUUGAGUCGUCGACAUCUUUGGCAUCAUUGGCUCAUCUGAAUCUAGAAUGUCUUCAUAGUUGGUGUUUCAACUUUGAUGAACUGUCAGGCGUUCAGAUUAGUAAACAUAAGCCUGGUAAUGACGUCAAUGAUGAGAUGACUAUCAGGUUGUGGAACUGUCUGAGAUCCUUCAACUUACUGACCCAUCUAAGCAUCUCAGACUCAUCUCUCAGUUUCCCUCCAUCACCCCCUCAACUACUAUCCGUCACAGAGCUAACAGCUGAGAGAGUGACGUCACAAUGCUAUGAAGGACUGAUCUCAUCGCUCCCUGGCUUGGAAGAUAUCGAUAUCGCUAUCGAUGAUGCAGAGGGAGACAUACCCCAGAUCACGGCUGGUCUUCGUCGGACAGGAGGACAGAACCUCACACGCAUCAAACUUUGCGCACCGCAAUCAAUCUCAUCAGAAAAUAGGUCUGUAUCGAGAGAGACCGUGAGAGGACUGGGUCUGCUGAUCAGACAACACACCAAGAACUUGCAGUGGAUUGGUUUGUCUGGUGUUAUUGGUUUGAAUGAAGAAGAUCUUGCUGAAUUCCUUGAGUCGUCGACAUCUUUGGCAUCAUUGGCUCAUCUGAAUCUAGAAUGUCUUCAUAGUUGGUGUUUCAACUUUGAUGAACUGUCAGGCGUUCAGAUUACCAAAUGUUGUCUAUCUUCUGAUAUGACUACUAGAAUAUGGUCCUGUCUCAGAUCCUUCACCUCACUUAACCAUCUCAGAAUCUCAGAUUCAUUGCUCAGUUUCUCUUUAUCACCUCCUGAGCUACCGUCCGUCACAAAGCUAUCAGCUAAUAAACUGACGUUACAAUGCUAUAAAGGGUUAAUCUCAUCACUACCUGGGCUGCAAGAUAUUGAUGUCCAAGAUGCAGCUAGAGAUGACUUUGUUGAAUUUGUCGAGUCUUCAACACGUUUCUCAUCACUGCUUCGACUUGAGAUAAAAACUCUUGAUGAAUGGCAUUUCGACUUUGAUAUCGCAGAAGGUGUUCAGAUAACCAAAUGCCAUCUGUCUUCUGAGAUGACUGCUAGAAUGUGGUCUUGUCUGAGACCCUUCACCUCACUGAACCAUCUCACCAUUUCAGACUCAUCGCUCAGUUUCUCUCUAUCACCUCCUGAACUACCGUCCGUCACAAAGCUAUUAGCUAAUAAACUGACGUCACAAUGCUACCAAGGGUUGAUCCCAUCACUACCUGGGUUGCGAGAUAUUGAGGUCCAAGAUGCAGCUAGAGAUGACUUUGUUGAUUUUGUAGAGUCUUCAAUACGUUUGACAUCACUGCAACGACUCAAGAUAAAAUCUCUUGAUAAAUGGCAAUUCGACUUUAAUACAAGCUCAGGUAUUAAGAUAACCAAAUGUCGUCUGUCUUCUGAGAUGACUUCUAGAAUGUGGCCAUGUCUCAGAUCAUUCACCUCACUGAAGCAUCUCACCAUCUCAGACUCAUCUCUCAUUUUCUCUUCAUCACCUCCUUCGCUACCAUCGGUCACAAAACUAUCAGCCGAGAGAGUGACGUCACAGUGCUAUGAAGGUCUGAUAUCAUCGCUCACUGGUUUAGUAGAUAUUGAUAUCACUGUCGAUGUUGCAGAGGAAGACAUAUCCCAUAUCACUGCUGGUCUUCAUCGGACAGGAGAGCAGAAACUAAAAAGCAUCUAUCUUCAUGGUCCAUCUUCACUUUCACCAGAGAGGAGCCGUGUAUCGAGCAAGACAAUGAUAGGACUGGGUCUGGUCAUCAAAGAACAUACACAGAACCUGAACCGCCUCCAUCUACGAUGGGUGAAGUGUACAAACGAGGAUGACUUAGUUUACCUAAUAGAGUGUUGCAGACGUGUGAAGAUGAUGCAAAACGUUUUGUUCUUUUACUGUGGGACGACGAGGAAUGGCAGGCUGCAGUCUCACCUCGAGCAACUUCACCGUGGAUCUUCCCACGGUCUCAAUGUGCAUGUUUAUUAUGAAAAUGUUCAUCGGAGUAAUUAUCGCAUCCCCCUCAUCGAUCAUGUCAAUUGAGCAAUUGCCACAUCAGCGGAUCCUCAUCUCACGGAGUCACAAUGAGUGCACAGCAGGAUGAGGUUAACCUGAAAGCACUAUGGUGUAGUCUAAAUUAAUUUCUUUUUUUCAUCCCGGAUCUAAAUGUUGGAUGUAGGGAGAAGGUCUACUUUGCUUCAGCGAAUAGCACAUUGAACAAGAAUUCUGGAGCCUUGCUAAAUUGAAUACAACACCAACGGAACCGAUCCGCGAAAUAACGUAAUAUCGGUCUGGAGUCAACCUCAUCGAUGUGACAUUGACAGAGUUAAGCUGACUAAAGCUUUUAUUUCGAUCUGUUAUGAAUCAUCGAGAAAAGGGAUGUCAAAUUUAAAUAAUAAGGUCGUUGCCAGUGCCUUAGGAACGAUUUGUUGGGUUCGGGUGCUGAAGUAAACUCGACAAGCAAAAAAAAGGUUUCACUCGAAAUACGCAAAGGUCGUUUUGGUCCCAAGAAAAUUGAAAAUAAAAAAGAAAAAGAGGGGGAUUAACACAAAAAGUUUGUCUUUCUACACACAUUUCUCAAAUUUUACCCACCUACCAGAAUUAUAAAAAAAUAAUACUCGCAACAUCCCCAGCAUCCCCGCUUCCCAGGGCCAUGAUCAUCGUAUCCUUCUAAAAAUAAUUAUAAGGAAAAAAUACAGAUAAUUAUAGUAGUCUUCUUGGGAGGGUAUACCGAACUAAAAGCAAAAGAAAAGAUGUGUUGCAUAUAAAUAAUAUCACUUUGUUGAAUAAGGAUAUACUUUGAGUAAUAAGCGAUAUAAAGGCAGUCACACUAUUUUCUUGUAUAUUGCUAAUGAAUUGAAAGGUUGUUCCGUUAGAAAUCAAUUACACUCGCGUCAAUUUACUUGGAAAGAUUGAACGUUAUGAAUUUAUGUAUUUGAGCUCAUCACAGUGGACUAUUGUGAAAUUAUAGGGAGGAGUCCUCUAUGAAAUCAAGUUGGUUAGUAUACAGGUAGAGAGAAGGUGAGCGAUAUUGAUAUAAAGUGGUUAUUACUGCCCUCAUAUUUCAAGCACAUGUUAGGCCUGUAUGAAUUCUAAUAUCCAACUUUGAGCGGAUGAUAGCAAUGCUUUCCCAAAAUAAUCUUGAGUGUGGAUAUGCAUAGGAACAUAGUUUAUUGUGUUUGUAUAAUAACCUCUUAUUUAUCUACCUUUUCUGUCAUGACAUUAAAACAUAUAUACUAAUUACAUGUACCUUAUUGACAGAAAGCCACGCCUAUUAUUAAGGAAACGUUAAUUUUGUUAGAAAAUGGUCAAAAAUAAGGUAAGAUGUGCCCAAAAUCACUGACUACUCUGGGGCCGAACGAAAUGUUGCCUGAAAAGCCCCCAUAUGACUACUUUCAGCAUCAAAUGGUUUUCGCCAACCUCAAGUGUGUAGGCGAACUAAGCCUUAUAAUUCGUUAAACUUUUCAGACGUGUUCAUUAGAAGUAUAGUUUGUCCAUUUUACAAAAAAAUGCAGCAGGUUGUCAGAUUAAUUAUUGUCAUAUAAAAACACACAAAGUAAAUAUAUAUUAGUAGAUGUAAUGAUGGUAGUAGUAGUAGUAGUAGUAGUAGUAGUAGCAAUAUUUGUACUAAUAGCAGCAGAAGCAGUAUAGUAAUAGAAAAAGAAGUAAAAUCAGAAGUAAUGGUGUAACUAGUAGUAGUAGUAUUAGUUGUUGUUGUAGUAACGGAUGUCGUAAUUGUUGUAAUAUCAGCAGUAGUUGUUGUUGUAGUAGUGUUUCAUAAUAGUGAUCAUAGCUGCCUGUAGGCUAAAUAGCAUUCAGUUCACUCUCUAAUAUUCUUACAAUGAAAAAGAUUGCGAUCAGGAACGAAUCAAAUGUUGCAUUCACGUUUUCAAUCUUGUGGAAUUAGAAUUCAGUCUUAUUCGAUUGAAAUGUUCGAUCCAACAUUCAAUUGGUCCCUGGCCACAAACUGUUAUAUUGACUUUCAAUCUACGGAAGUUAAAGAGUGCACGAGAAUUGCGAUCAGGGACCAAUCCAAAGUUGGAUUGAAGUUUCCAAUCUGAUUUAGAAUUCAAUCUUAUUUAAUUAAAACGUUUGAUCUAACAUUGGAUUGGUCCCUGACUACAAUCUAUUAGAUUGACUUUCGAUCUACGAAAGUUAGAUAGUGCACAAGGUAUAGAAUAAAUAGCAAUCAAUGAUAUAGGCCCUAAUAAACAUGAUUAACAAAAUACAUAACUAACUACUAUAUAUUUACGAUAGUGAUCGCGGAACAGGCAUGUAAAUACCCUGUACCGUACUGAAUGAACCGAUCACGUGAUCCACUCAAUAUUUUUUUUAUCGCAAUAAUUAUAUUGCCUAGUCUUGCUCAUUCUGCUCAUGCUUCUUGCCAAACAAGGAAAAUAACAAAACUUCCUAAAACUAUCAUGGUGCAAUUUGUAAAUACAACGUUUUGUCGUGGCGAAUACCAAUGUACAAAAGUGGAGAGAUGAAAUUACAUGCAUGUGAAGUGGCUAAAAACUAGAAUAGAUAAGCUGUCAGAUAUGCCAGGUUUUGUAAAGAAGUAUUAUAUUUAUGCACUAUUUAUCCGUGUGUUUCACGCAAAUAAAGUAAUUUCAACAAUUAAACUGUCAUAAAUCGAGACUGGUCGAUAGAGUUGAUGAAUCUUAUCGUAUAUUUUUUAUAUUAUUUACAAUGACGUCAGAUCGUAAAUUGUAACAUAUUGUGUGUAGGUCGUCAUGAUCAUAAACAUGGCUAUUGCAACGAGAUAAACUGUCAUAUACAUGUAUAUUUACACAUACUUUCAAGUUUUUACUUGAUGUAUCCAAUUGGGAAUUUUUAGAAUGUUAAAAAUUGAAUAUUUCAAUGUUUCAAUGUAUUAUAGUAGGCUCCUAUAGAAAAUAAUAUAUAUACUAUAGAAUGAUAUGUAACAGUAAAUUGUUAAAAAGAUAUAAUGGAAUAGAACGUGCUUCGUAAAAUAACGUAUAUAUUUCCUGAAAAUGAUAGCUCUUCUCUUAAUGCUGAAUUGUCUUUUGUGUAUGGAAUUGAAUUAUGAUGGCAAUCAUUUUCUCACUCAUGAAUAUGUCUACAUUCUCCCAACUGGAAUUCUAAUUUAAGCUGUAUGCAUUAAAUGCUGAUAUUGUUGUCUUUAAAUAAAAGCCUGUUUUUUUUUCUAUAUGUACUUUUAAAUUCCCACGAUGACGUAUUAUGUGAAGUUUGUUAUCUAAGAUAAAUUAAAAAGCAAUAUUUGAAACUGAAUUACAUUUUCGUAGCCAUUCUUAAAUAGUUUUUCGUGGGUUAAUACGUGUUACAGUGCUACAUGUAGGUGCCAUGGCCGAAUGCCAAGUGGUCUUACGUGUACGCCCAGCGCACGUAACACGAUCCGUUUCGAUCAGUAAAUUAUAAAAGCAUUUGAUAUAAACCUUUCAAGCUAUGAAGUCUGAACGAUCAAAGUUGCAAAAAGUUGAAUGAAUAAAUUUCAGUCUAUUUCGAGCCUCUUUGAAAAAGAUAAAUCACUGUUUAAAAGGACAAGACGCCCUCAUCGGCUGCGACCACAAGGCUCAUUCCGCACUUUACACCAAAUUAUUUUGUUUUAAUUUCAAAGAGAAAAUUUUCCAUGUUCUAUGUAAAGUUUUAUUAUUUUAGUCAUUGCCAUGAAAUGUUUGUUCAUUUUUGUGUAAUGUUAAAAACACUUGCUGUAAGCAUAAAUGACCAUGUGUAUACUUUUGUUAUUCAAAUGUGUAAAUUAACUCAUAUCAAUACAAAUAAAUCAUGUCAGAUCAAAAAUACUCGUUUUGAUCAUUGGUAACACAAUUAUUGAGGUACGAAUGAAUCGAGUAGAGAAUUAGAGAAAUGUAACAUUUUCAUAUUCAACUGUAACCCAGGGAGCUCCCGCCCGCGCGGGCGGGAGCCCAGGGGCUUUCCGUGUAUUUGACCAUACUCACGGGA